GGCAUAUAAAUAUUGAAUCGUUUGAGUUCCAGGGAAAAGCGAACGCAUUUCGUUUUAAAUCAGAGUCUGGGCUACACGAGAUAUUCAGGACGAACUAUCUGAAGGCCGAAAAACAAGGUGGGGAGACAGGAUGGAAGGAGGUAUUCUCGCUAAAUUUCUGGGUUUCUAAAGAUGUGUAAGAAAAUACAGGUAAACUUCUCGCGAUAUUUUAAGUCAUCUAGCGUAAUAGGCCUCGGUGAGCCACUGUUUGGGGUAGAAGAAACUCGCGAGAUCUCUGCAGUUGCCGAGGAGACAAGGAGGAGGAGGAGUGGUGAUCUCGCGAAAGGAAAGACGCCCGGAGCGCUCGCGAGAUCUCAGACCACCGGACUCGAAAGGUUCUUAGGAAGUUUAAGGACCCAGAGGGGGCCCCGGGGCAAAUGGCUGGAGCUGGGCCGACCAUGCUGCUACGAGAGGAGAAUGGAUGUUGCAGUCGGCGUCAAAGCAGUUCCAGCGCCGGGGUUAGCGCGGGCUGGGUUUCUGGGAUUGCGGGGCAGUCGGGCAGCAAGAUGGGGGGACGAGGGAGAAACUGCAGCUCCCGGCAGCCUCUGGGUUUCAUAUGAGCGCCCCGUGGGCUGCCGGGAGCUGUGGUUUCGCGGACGGGCGGGCAGCAGGACUGCAAGGUCUGAGUACCUGUUCGGCCUGGAGCAGGAUUCGGACGGGGAGCGCGAGGACUCGCCGGCUGCGCGUGCUCGGCAGCAAUUAGAAGCGCUGCUCAACAAGACUAUGCGCAUUCGCAUGACAGAUGGGCGGACACUGGUCGGCUGCUUCCUCUGUACCGACCGCGACUGCAAUGUCAUCCUGGGCUCAGCGCAGGAGUUCCUCAAGCCGUCGGAUUCCUUCUCUGCCGGGGAACCCCGUGUGCUGGGCCUGGCCAUGGUACCCGGACACCACAUCGUUUCUAUUGAGGUGCAAAGGGAGAGCCUUGCGGGGCCUCCAUAUCUCUGACCACGAUUAGGCAUGUCUUUCAAACUUCAUUAAAUUUAUGACCGAUG